UAUAUAAUGUCAACAGCUACACCUCUACAGUGUCAGACCAAAAGAGAGGAACAGGGAAGAGACAAGGAUGGAAAAAGUUCUUCUGAUCAUCAUCGCUCUUUCAGGGCUGAGCGCUGUCUCCUCACAUGCUGAACGUCAGUACCAUUUUGUUUCUGAAGCAAAGACCAUGUCUGAAGCACAGAGAUACUGCAGAGAGAAACACACAGACCUGGCCACUGUAGACAGCAUGGAGGUUGUGGAGCUCCUGAACAACAUGGCAGGCCAAUACAACCAAUCAGCCUGGAUAGGGCUGCACGAUGACCGGGACAUCUGGAGGUGGUCGAUGUCAGACCCAAGCUUCUACGAACCGGGGGAGAUCGAGUUCAGACGAUGGGGGGGUAAUCAACCAGACAACUGGCCAAUUGACCAAUGCACAAUAUUGUAUGCUAAUACAAUAUUUUAUGAUUAUGAUUGUAAUGCCCGCUACAGGUCGGUCUGCUUUGAUGUCACAGGGCCGAAUGCAGCAUUUGUCCUCAUUGAAAGAGAAAUGACAUGGACUGAGGGCCAGAGCUACUGCAGAGAACACCACACAGACCUGGCCAGUGUGAGAAACCAGGCGGAGAACCAGCAGCUUGCUGCGAUGUUACCUGCAGGGACUUGGUAUUGGAUCGGCCUUUACAGAGACUCCUGGAAGUGGUCCGAUGGAAGCAACUCCUCCUUCAAGUACUGGAAAGUAAAUAAACCUAACUACAGAGCUUCAAAGGUUUGUGUGGCUGCAGCUUUCGACAACUCUGGAAGAUGGGAGGACUUGGACUGUAGAGUGGAGAAACCGUUCAUUUGCUACAGACCUGUGCCUGUUGUGCCUGUGCCUGUUGUGCCUGUUUCAAUGAAAGUGAUAAAGGUGAGCGUGGAGAAUCCAAACGAUGUGGAUCUGAACGGCAAAGCUUUUCUGGAUGCGAUGUUGGUGGAGGCGAAAAAGAAGCUAAGGGCCCAGGGAUUGGACGACAACGUCCAACUGGCCUGGAGGAAGCAGCCGGAUGGACAAGUCUUCCACAAGGAGGAGGAGAAGAAGAGGGAUGAGCUCUAAAGCUGAAUUGCUGUGUGUGAUUUUUAUCAGAGAAAAGUGUAUUUCUUUCCUCAAAGUCCUCAUGCGACAGAAUUCAGCUGCAACAAUGAUCUGAAUAAUCAAUUAGUUACGAUCAUUUUGAUAGAAGAUAGAGAAUGUAAUGCUUUUCCUUGUUAUAUAUGGUUAUGAAUUUAAUAUGUUUAGGGUUUUUACUGUUGAAUGUAUUUGCUUGGCCGGUGGGAGAUAAUAAUACAUUUUUGGCUUUUGUUGAAUUUUGAU